AAUGUUGAUAAAUUGUAGAAAAUGGAUUGUAAAGACUGUGCAUUUUCAAUGUUGUGUUGCAUUAUCGAUCGGUGCAUCUAAGUAGGGCACAGAUUUUUGGCCAAGUAAAAAAUUGCUGCUGAUAAGUUUAUUCCGCUGUGAUAAAAUAUGUAUUUUAUUUUGUGGCUAUCAUAUAGGAACUCCUGAUUGCGACAGUAUUAUCAAUGUACUAAAAAAAAGUGUUAUAAGUGCGCCAGCUUUAUUUAUUCAAUUAUUUUGGUUUACUGUUUAAGUAGUUGCUAGUCAUCAUUUUUAUUUUUGUCUUGGUUCGUUACGAAAAUUUAUCAGAUAGUAAACAAAUGUGUGCCAGAUUAAUAUUUGCCAUUGUAUAUAGUGUAGAAAUUAGUAUGUUUCAUAGAAAGUGGGUGGUUCUUUAGUGAACAUUAGUGUUGGUGACUUGAGAGGGCGUUAACACUCCCCAACACAUGUGUAUAGUGUAAUGUGUAUAGUGUAAUGUGUAGAUUUAUGAUGUGGACCAGUUUUGUUAGCCUGUUUGGAGUUUUUGCUGAUCUUUAGCAGCUUAUACCUAUAGCUUGUUAGAAUAUAACUUGUGUAAUCGGUUUCAGUCAGUUACAAAAUGGCCAGUGAAAGCAGCUCUGCAGUUUUGGAUCUUAAUGACGCCGACACGGAGGACACUGAGGCUGCCAGCGUCACGGACGAGGCUCUGGAAGUAGUGCCUCUCAUCAUGGAACAUGGCUAUGAUAUUGCUGUAAAGGUGGAUGCCCCAAUGAAGCAAUUGUCUACCCUGGAAACUUUUGUAACGUACCGCGUGAGGUGCGUGUGCGCACGAUGGGCAGCGCCACCUUACGUCAGGCGAAGAUACAACCAUUUUAAGUUGCUCCACAAGCGUCUGUCGGCCGCCCACCCGCUGAUCGCGGCGCCGCCCUUGCCGCCUCUCCACUCGGCGCGGCAACAACUCGACAGAUACUCGCCUUCCUUCGUCGCCAUCAGGACGUUGGCGCUGAACGCGUUCUUGGAUCGUGUCGCAAAGCAUCCCAUACUUACACAUAGUGAAGACUUUAGAAUCUUCCUCACUACACCUGAUGAUGAACUGGACAAGGUGUUCAAAAGCGACAGUAGCGCGAUGAAUUUAUGGGGCCUCAGCAAUGCGCUGUCGUAUGGCGGCGGUGAAUCCAAAGCUACCAAUGGUGCUAGAGUAAAAGAUCCCGAGUUUUCGGCGGCGGUGGAUUAUUUGCUGUCUUUGCAACAGAAGCUAACAACCUUAUGCACAUUAACUAACAAACUAUACAAAGGCACGGCGGGACUUAAUACCGAAUAUAUGAAUAUGAAGCGCGCGUGCGACGCGUGGAGCGCGAGCGCGCGCGGGCGGUGCGGGCGCGCGGCGGGCGCGGCGGCGGCGGGCGCGGGGGGCGCGGCGGCCGCGCGCGUGGGGCGCGCCGCGCACCACAAGGCGCUGCUGCCGCUGCUCGCCGCCUACGCGCACGCGCACGUCGACAAGAUACGACAGCGGGACGCGCUGCACGCGGCGUUCGUGUCUGGGACCAGCUCUACUGACGACCUUCACAACAAGGUCGAGCAAGCGACAGAAGCUCUGCGGGCCGAAUUAGCCGAUUGGCGACCGAAGACCAAUGAGCAAGUGAAAUCGCUCCUCCUUUCCUUAGCAGAAAGACAAGUCGCUCUACAUUCCCAGUCGCUGGCAAGUUGGGAACACGCGCUAGCACUGUCUGCCAACACGCAGGAUCUGUUCAAGACAGUGUCGAAGAGCGCAGUAACACUCGUCCAAGACAAUGACACCGAUGUGGACAGUGACCGAUCGGGCCUGAUCGAUGACUGACAAAAUGCGACAGAGUUCUGCAGGACUGAAGUGACCGAGGAUGCAGUUAGUACUGUUGGUGUGGGCACAUUAGAAGAAGACUCCACAUCUAGCACGGAUGGUAUUGAAUCGUACCAGGUUCCAGGGUGCAGUACUUACCAUGCUAAUGUGAUAAACGAGGAUUCCUCCUGCAGCUCUCAUGUCGAUACGAAGGAACCCGAUGACGUAAAACCUUACGAAAUCACUUCUGAAAACAUAGACUGUGGUACCGAUCCGUCCGCGUUAAAAGACCAAUGCUCUACAUCUUCCAUCCAGAAUAAAGAGUUAUCCAAAGAAGCAAGUGAUGAUGCAGCAGUAGCAUCCACAGAUGAUGGUGAUGCUCCCCCGGUAGAAACCAAAGAUCAAAGCUGUAAGACUCCAAAAAUUAACAGAGACGAGGACGCUGAAGAUCAGCCUGGUACAUCACAAAUCAAUGAGAUGGAGUUUUUAGAUGAUCCAACACCUUGGCUUCACAAUGAAUCUAAUAUUGAUACCUUUACCGCCAUCCCUUGCAGACCUCGUCCAGAUGCUAAUGAAGCUCCUGUAGUGGAACCCAGAAGACCUCGCAUAGAGCCCAGUGUAGCUCGCGAUAUGCCAGCUGCAUCUCGCGAUGUUGCUCAUCAUUCUCUCGAGGUCGCUCGUCGCAGGUCUGAUGAAAAUGAAUCACCUGAGGACAUGUCUAGAUCAUGCAUUAAUAACAAUGAAAUGGAAGUAGUACGACACGAACUUAGUCCUGAUGUCAGUGAAUCUUUUGAAGUAAUGGCGAGCACGCCUCCUCCUAACGUCAGGGAGUCACUAGAGGAGUCAUCUAGCAGACCUCUGCCUGAUGAUAGUGAAUCAAUUGAGGUCAUACCUCGUAGUCCUUAUAAUAAUAGCAGCGAUUCUCUUGAGAUUAUAUCAUUUAGAUUACUUCCCGAAGCCAAUGAAUCAAGGGAAAUAAAUGAGAACGAGGUCAAGCCACUUCGACCCGAUGCCAGGGCAAUACUUGAUACAAUACCCGACAGAGCCCGUACUAGCGAAUCACUCGAACUCAGACCUUCAACAUCUAGAAUGGUUGAUACUAGUGACACAUUAGAGAUUGUGCCAUUUGGCUCUCAGUCUGAUGAUACUUUACCACAUGAACUUAUAUCUAGUAGACCAUACGCUGACAACGUCACGGAAAUAAUUACAUUCCAAGCCUGCAGACCUUAUGUUAUUAAUGAAGAAAUAUUCGCGGGUCCUUCCAGCGCGCCUGACCCUACGACCAAUGCACCACGAGGGAUAAUAUCUUGCAGACCACGUACAGAAGACGAUCAGCCCGGUGAGAAUGCACCCUGGUCUCCCCCCACUGAUGCUAAUGAAGGUUACGACAUGUUACCCCGGAGUCCUUACAAUGACGAAGCUCUCGAGCUCCUACACCAACUUCUUCGUGCCGAUAGCGAAGAGAUGUUUGAGCGCGGCGAACCUUUUAUAAAUGUUGGUGAUCCACUAGAAAUCAUGCCUCCAAGAUCUGUUGCUGAUGUCGAGGAAUCAUUCGAGGAAAUGCCGGACGGACCAAAUUCCGAUUCGGAAACACUGCCAAGAGAUCCAUCUUGCAUGGAUGUCACAGAAUGUUUAGAUCCAUCCUGCCAGUCGCAAACUGCCGCUAUGGAAACACUGCCGGAGGACUCUUCCUGCGAUACUGACUCUGAUUGAGAUGUUAGUAGACUGUACAUAAGGACUGUACUGUAAGCGUAGGCGCAUAUACACGAUAUUUUUGUUGAUCGGCUGUUAGUUGUAUGCCAAAAGGGAUCGUAGAAGUGCGCACUCGAAUAUAUGUAGAGUCCCGAACACGAAUUUCAUGUUAGUUAUUUAUAAAUGUUUUUUAUCGUGUCCGGGUCGAGUCGAGGUAUUGUCGCUAGUUAACGAUUCCCGUUUAAGUAGUUUAGUCGUGAUGUUUAUCGUAUGUAUGCGUCUGAGCAGUGUUGGUUACAACCAUAUCAAUUUGUAAUUAAAUAAUAAAUUAUUUAAUCUA